UAUCAUUAGGUCAUUGUCGGUUUCAUAUAACACUGGACUUAUAAAUAUGUACUCGCUACAUUAAUCAUUAGUACACACGAUGAUUUCUAAGAGAACACAUUCGGGACUCUUCGUUCUGUUAUUCGCAUUUUGUGCUGUUUCUGCAGACGAUGGAGUUAUUAAAAGUAGUUUAGCGUUCGUAAUAGAUGAUACGGCAUCUAUGUGGAAUGAAAUAAAUCAAGUGAAACAAGAAGUUAACAUUAUAUUUGAGAAAGUGCUAAGUUCAAAGGCAUCACAGAUAGAAAAUUUUGUGCUCGUCACGUUCAACGAUCCGUACGCUAGCCUGCGUACCGUCACCACGAAACGGGAUGAAUUUAAAAGCGCUUUGGCUUCAAUACGAGUUCAUGGAGGCGGUGAUUGCCCAGAAUCUGCCAUGGAAGGCAUAAGCUUAGCACUUCGAAUUAGUAUGCCCCACUCAUAUUUAUACGUUUUCACUGAUGCAUCAGCUAAUGACUACGCAAGGUUUGAACAGGUCAAGAGUCUUUCACAGAAGAUGCAGAGUCAGAUAUUGAAGUAUAUUGAAGAGUCUAUCACAGGCAUAGGAAGCAAGCUUGUCGACACCAAAUUGCCGCCUGGUUAUGGUAAAAAUCUUACAUAUACUGUCGACCCCCACACUGGAGAUGUACUGAUAGCUAUAACUGGGAAAAUACCUAAAAUCGGCGAUGUAAUUGGUCCCGAUGGAAGUCGACCCGAUACAUCACACAUAAUAUCAGGAAAAUCUGAAAUGGCGAACACAUCAGGUGGAAUUGAUGCCUAAGGAAAUGUGUUCAUGGGUGUCAAGUUACUCGGGCCAGGAGCCAAACUAGAGACAGUCCAAAUACUUGGAAUGAGGGAUGAAGUCAUAGAGGAACUAACAUUAGAACUAUUAGAUGAAAAAUCGCAAUUCUAUGUAACGCCAUCAUUUAACCCACCGUCUACUAUGUUCCAUGUAACUGUGAAUUCUGAGGUGAAAGUUGACACUGCGCCAAAAGUAACGAUUGAUGGUGAUACGUCGAUAACCCUAUACGUUGAUGAUCCAUUAGAACUAACUUGUAAAGUUCACGCUUAUCCUGAACCAGAGAUAAUAUGGGAGGAUAGAGACAUUGGGAUUGUUAUGCCUGCUGAGAUGAACAUAGUCGAAGUACCCUAUGAUUAUGUAAGUGUUUUAAAAAUAGACAAGGCAAACAGGAAUACCACCUACCAAUAUAUUCGUAUAGAAUAUGCAAAAGAAGGUAAACUUGUUUGCAAGAUAGACGCCUACCCAUCGGCCACUAUCAAUUGGUAUAAAGAUGCAAAGCCUUUGUCUAGUAGUAGCCGUAUUGAAAUAUCCAAAGAUAAGACAGUAGUGACUUUGAAAGACAUGCAACCUGGUAUGGAAGGAAAGUUCAUGUGUGAAGCAAGAAACGAUAUAGAGAGGAAAGUAUUUUAUUCACACGUCGAAAUAUUUGGUAUAGAAAAACCUGUUAUCGAUAAGUCAGUUGAUGAAAUUCGUAUAACAGAGAAAAAAAAUGGUGAAUUAUCUUGUAGAAUUCUUAAGGGGAUCCCAAAACCGACUAUAACCUGGUCGUUCCGAGGUCCGGGCAAAAAAAAGAAUUUAAAACAAACCGGAGAGACCAUAAAGUUGAAAAAUGUUCAAAGAGACCAAAGUGGUCUGUACAUAUGUACAGCGACAAACGUCUUGGGAACAGAUAAUCACGAAACAGAAGUUAUAGUAGAAUAUCCACCGCGUAUUAAAAGUGAUGUAAAGGAAAUGAAGAUUGUAGAUGACGAUGAAGCAAAAUUGACAUGUGACGUAGUAGGAGUGCCGGCGCCAACGGUAUACUGGACAUUCAAUAGUAUCAAUGUAACGAGUACUUCAAGAACUAGAAUUACUACCGAUUACAGUCUUUUAAUCAAAACUACUUUAGCUGACACUGGAGACUACGGUUGUCAUGCAGAAAAUGAGCUUGGGAAAGAUGAACGCAAAGUUUUUCUACAAGUAUAUGUUCCAGUGACUAUUGAGAAACCGAAAUCUAAUUUAGUAGAGACCAUGGUUGGCAGUGGAACGUUGCUAAAUUGUAGAGCCGAUGGCCACCCCAAACCAGAUAUAAAAUGGACUUUCCACGAAACUCCUGAUGCUCUUGGUAUAGAUGUUACGUCUUCUAAGCACCCUUCGCUACUGCUACAGAAACUGCAGCUCAAGCAACAAGGCUUUUACAUGUGCUUCGCUGAAAAUGCAAUAAGUGGAUCAGCUAAUAUAACUUACGAAGUGAAAGUGUAUGCGAUUAAUGGAGACAUGUUGCUUAGGAUUCAAUGCAAAGCUACUGGCAGCCCUACACCUAUCAUUACCUGGCAGAAAGAUGGUCUAAACUUGGCAAUGGGGUCUGAAUGGUAUGGCAUGGAAGAUGACGGCACUUUGCUCAUCAAAAACAUAGACCGUACUGCAGAAGGUACAUACAUGUGCCUGGCAGAAAAUGUUGUUGGCAAAGAUAGUGACUAUUACGAAGUUAUUGUAAAAGAUUUAUUAACUGUGGCACCCUCAAAGACUUUAUAUGUACGCGAAGGUGAAUCCAUUGAAAUCAAAUGCGAAAUACCACAUAGAAUUACAGAUCAAUUGCGUUGGUUUAAGAGCGCGACGUGGACUCACGACGGCGUGGCUAUGGAUAUUACGGACAUGUCCUAUGUAUUAGGAAUGGAAUUAGGUGCUACAGGAAUUUAUGAAUGUGAAGUCAGCAAUAAAUUUGGCAGCAUACGUCGAUCGUUCAAUGUCACAUCCCGAGAUUGCAUAUUGGACAUCAAAAAAUCCUUCAUAGGAAAACAUCCCGUUAUGUUUUCAACGUCUGGUGGAUGGUCUGUUUUCCGAAUAACUAAGCACCACAUGAUAAUACCACAUGGAGGUUAUUUUUAUAUGAGAUGCCCUUCAGGAUUCGUUAACUCUGCACUCUCACUGUAUUCGAACAUUAUGGCAUAUUGUGUACGGGACAACAUCGUAAAAAUAGCAGGAGAGCCUUACAAUUUUGCAGAUUUACAAUGCAAUAAAGAAGUGACACCUAACAUUGAAAACACAGAAAAUAAAUGUUUUGGUGAUAAUACAGAGUAUGUAAAUGUAGGGUUUUGGGCCCAGGGUAAUUAUUUCAUGGAGGUAUAUAGCGUUUGUUUUGACAAAGUAAAUGAUGUUCCCUUGUUCGCGAAGCAUAAACUGUCUCCGCACCAUACAGAUAUUUCUUCAACGUCUCAAUGGUACAGCUCUUCUGAUAUAUCUGCUGAAGACUUUGAGGAAUUGUAUAAUUGUAGAAGGCAACUGUAUGAUAUCAGCACAGCUCUAAAAAGAAGGUUACGUUCUAAUUCUUGCUGCUAUGGUAGAAGACAACUUGUCAACUCACGGGAUUUGCUUCCUGGAAUACCAGCGACGGCGUCUUUUGAGUAUAAAAAUGUUGUUCCACAUUGGAACUCUUGCAGUUCAAAGAAUUGGGACGAUUUGGAAGUAUUGGUAAGGAAGCUGGUAAAAAAAGCCGGUCGUGACUUGAUCGUGUUUACAGGCACGUCAAACGUAAACCACGACAAAUUGUCUGUUGAUAUAAAAAUUAACAAUGGCCGAGAAAGACAACAAACAAUUCCGCUCUACUUGUGGAAGGUGGUUCAAGAUCCAGCUACAGAUUCAGCAAUUGCGAUAAUACAAGUGAAUAUACCAGAGUUAACUCGAGAAGAAGUAAAGAAAAAUUACGUUCUGUGUUUAGAUAUUUGUGAUAACAUUGACUGGUUGGACGGGCCAGAAUGGGAUGACGUGGACAAGGGCUAUACGUAUUGUUGUAACAUGAAAGAUUUCGAAAAAGCCUUCGGAUACACCCGCCCUAUCACUAGCAUGAGACGAGUCCUCUUCGAUGCUAGUUUGACACCAGAUACCUUUUUGCUUGACGAUGGAGUUAUUAAAGGUAGUUUAACGUUCGUAAUAGAUGAUACGGCAUCUAUGUGGGAUGAAGUAAAUCAAGUGAAAGAAGAAGUUAACAUUAUGUUUGAUAAAGUGACGAGGUCAAAGGCAUCACAGAUAGAAAAUUUUGUGCUCGUCACUUUCAAUGAUCCGGACGCUAGUGUGCGUAUCGUCACCAAGAAUCGGAAAAAAUUUAAGACCGCUUUAGCUAAUGUAACUCCUCAUUCGUACCGCAACUCUGACUGUGCAGAGGCUGCCAUGGAAGGCAUUAGCUUAGCACUUCAAAGUAGUGAGCCCCACUCAUAUUUGUACGUUUUCACUGAUGCAUCAGCUAAAGACUACCCAAGGUUUGAAGAGAUCAAGAGUCUUUCACAAAAAAUGCAGAGUCAGAUCGUAUUUCUUUUGACUGGCGAAUGCUCAACUGGUAGAUUGGGACCUGAUUACGAAGUGUAUCAUCAAGUAGCAGACGCUACGUCUGGUCAAGUCUUCAAUAUAUUGAAAGAUGAUGUGAAAGAUGUAUUAAAAUAUAUCGAAGAAUCCAUUACAGGCAUAGGAAGCAAGAUUGUAGACAAAAAAUUUGCACCCGGCUAUGAUAAAAAUCUUACAUAUAUCGUCGACCCCCACACUGGAGAUACUGCACUGAUAACUAUAACUGGGAAAGAACCUAAAAUCGGCGAUGUAAAUGGUCCCGAUGGAAGUCGGCCCGAUACAACACACAUAGUAUCAGGAAAAUCUGAAAUGGCGGUAAAUAUCUACCACAAAGCGAUUGAUAGGUGGUACGAUUAUGAACAAGAACUUGGGGAUAUCAAGGUGGUGAAGGUGACUGGUGCAAAGACAGGAGAAUACACCGUGUCGGUCGGAAGCAUGUCCGAAACGCAUGCAGUUGUGAGUGUAAAAAGCACAAUAAAUUUUAAAGUCGGAUUUAAUGUGCUUAAACCAAAAUCCAGCGAAAAUACCGUCACGAGGCCGCCACCAAAAGGGAAUGUUUUCAUGGGUGUCAAGUUACUCGGGACAGGAGUAAAACUGGAGACAGUCAAAAUACUCGGAAUGGCGGAUGAAGUUAUAGAGGAACUAAAAUUAGAACUAGUCGAUGAAAAAACGCAAUUCUAUGUCACACCAUCAUUUAACCCACCGUCUGCUAUGUUUCGUGUAACUAUUAAUGGAUAUGACAUCGAGACUAAAACGCCAGUGACGAGAAGAACUCCAACACCUUUAUCCAGACAAGACAUGUCCGCAGUGGUGAAAGUUGACACUGCGCCAAAAGUAACGAUUGAUGGUGAUACGUCGAUUACCCUAUACGUUGAUGAUCCAUUAGAACUAAUUUGUAAAGUUCACGCUUAUCCUGAACCAGAGAUAAUAUGGGAAGACAAAGACUUAGGGACUGUAAUACCUGCUGAGACGAACAUGGUCGAAGUACCCUAUGAUUAUGUCAGUGUUUUAAAAAUAGACAAGGGAAACAGGAAUACCACCUACCAAUGUAAAGCUAACAACCGCAAAGGAAACGACGUUCAAGGCGUAGAAAUCAUAGCAAGAAGGAGAUUCUAUUUUGAUGUAAUCGAUUCUCCUAAAGAUGUUAGCAUAGAGUAUGCAAAAGAAGGUAAACUUGUUUGCAAGAUAGACGCCAAACCAUCGGCGACUAUAAAUUGGUAUAAAGAUGCAAAGCCUUUGUCUAGUAGUAGCCGUAUUGAGAUAUCUAAAGAUCAGACAGUGGUGACCUUGAAAGACAUGCAACCAGGUAUGGAAGGAAAGUUCAUGUGUGAAGCAAGAAAUGACAAAGAGAGGAAAGUAUUUUAUUCACACGUCGAGAUAUUUGGUAUAGAAAAACCCACUAUCGAUAAGUCAGUGGACGAAAUCCGUGUCACAGAGAAAACAAAUGGCGAAUUGACUUGUAGAAUUCUUAAGGGGAUCCCGAAACCGACUGUAACCUGGUCCUUCCGAGGUUCAGGUAAAACAAAGAAUUUGAAAGAAACCGGAGAGACCUUAAAGUUGAAAAAUGCUCAAAGAGACCAAAGUGGUCUGUACAUAUGUACAGCGACAAACGUCCUGGGAACAGAUAAUCACGAAACAGAAGUUAUAGUGGAAUAUCCACCACAUAUAAAAAGUGAUGUAAAAGAAAGGAAGAUUGUAGAUGGCGAUGAAGCGAAGUUGACAUGUGACGUGAAUGGAGUGCCCGCGCCAACAGUAUACUGGACAUUCAAUAGUAUCAAUGUAACAAGUACUAUGAGAACUAAAAUUACUGCCGAUUACAGUUUGAUAAUCAAAACCACUGUAGCUGACACUGGACAUUAUACUUGCCAUGCAGACAAUAAGAUUGGGAAAGAUAAAAGAGACAUUUUUCUAGAAAUAUAUCAAAAACCCGUUAUCGAUAAGUCAAUUGAUGAAAUCCGUGUCACGGAGAAAACAAAUGGCGAAUUGUCUUGUAGAAUUCUUAAGGGGAUCCCGAAACCGACUGUAACCUGGUCCUUCCGAGGUUCAGGUAAAACAAAGAAUUUGAAAGAAACCGGAGAGACCCUACAGUUGAAAAAUACUCAAAGAGACCAAAGUGGUCUGUACAUAUGUACAGCGACAAACGUCCUGGGAACAGAUAAUCACGAAACAGAAGUUAUAGUGGAAUAUCCACCACACAUAAAAAGCGAUGUAAAGGAAAUGAAGAUUGUAGAUGGCGAUGAAGCAAAGUUGACAUGUGACGUGAUUGGAGUGCCGGCGCCAACAGUAUACUGGACAUUCAACAGUAUCAAUGUAACAAGUACUAUGAGAACUCAAAUUACCGCUGAUUACAGUUUAAUGUAA